UUCCGGUUUGUUUCAGUUUCCAACAGAUCAACUGAAAGUCACGUGAACUUCCGGAGCGAAAAAUGGCGGACACCGGUUGCGUUUUAAGUUAGACAGAAAGUUCAUUAAAAUGUCCGAAUUAACUUUUAAAGUGAUCAUAAUAGGCGAUGCCACAGUAGGAAAAACGAGCUUUGUUCAGCGUUAUGUUAACAGCCAUCCAAGAAGAGAUUACAAGCCUACAGUAGGAGGUAUGGAAGAGUUAUGUUGUUUAUUAAUAUAAUUCAUAUUCGAGAAUAAUAAUAAUAAAACUUAGCGUUUUUUAAGUGCAAGUGAAAGAAGUUUUAAGUGUAGACUUUACUUCGUACAUGUGCGAAGUUGGAAUAGUUUCAGAAUACCCAGUCACUGUGGAUAUAAACAGUACAGUUUAGAAGAAAAAGCUCACAUGGCCUAUCGAUCACCUCGCUGUCAUAUGGACCAUGUAUAUAUGCUUGGUGUAGAAACAGCAUAACCGGUUUGUACUUAGUGUAAGCUUAUACUGACGCCUUGCACUGGUGCCUUUGGUGUAGAAUAUUCUUCAGUUGACUCGCAACAGGUAGUAGUAUAGUCGAACCUCCAUGUGCGACCAGCUUCCAUAAGCGACCGCCAAUCCAAAACACCAAAAUUUUCUCUGUCAAAGCCAUACAAUUAAUUGGAACCUCUGGUAAACGACCACCUCCUGUAAGCGACCGCGACCACUUUUUGGGCCUGACGAUUAAUAAUUCUCCAUUGUUUCUUACCUCUUGUAAGCUACCACUUUACGCAUUCCCUGAUGUCUAUGUUUGCAGUGUGCACUAUGCUACUAAGAAUAUACGUAGAAUUUUAGUGACAGCAUGGAACUACACAUGGGGUAACUUAGACGUUGCAUGCAAUAAUUGUCUUCCUUAAAAUAGGUGUGACUGGACUUCUUCUCGGAAGAGAACUCCCUGUGGUUGGAUUCUUGUAAGCAUAAUUCAUCUCUUCCUCCUUUUCUUGCAUAAAAUGCCGACAACCAUGGCCAACAAGAUUCCGGAGUCAGCCAUUUUCAUAACAUUGCUUGCGAUAUUUCAGGAUGUCUUAAGUUGUGCACGUAUGGAUGGUUGUGCACAAUGGUUGUAAGAAAAAAUCAUACCAUCUCAACUGGCAUUAAGAUGGUCAACACCACUAGGACUAGCCCCUGUGGUCUGUCUUAGAGAGGUGUCUGCCCAGAGAGAGCUGGCGGUAUGCAGGGCUGUCACUAAGAGCUUGGGGCCAGGGAUUUGGUCUCACCCUACUGGAUGAGAAAAACAAUAUUUUUACCCAUGCAGAUACACUUAUCCAGCUUAUGGUUAUGUGAAAAGAGAGUCCAAUAUAAGAAUACCUAUAAAUGGUGCCUCAAUGUGUGGGUGUUUAAGGAUGGAAACAUUUUUAAAAUUGCUAGGUGAAUCAAAUGAUGCCUGCUAUUAAACAACUGUUACAAAAUUAUUAACACAUGUUCAUGCAUUUUUUCAGUGGAUUUUGCAUUAAAGGUCAUUAAACUGUCUGAGGAUACUACAGUGAGACUUCAGGUGGGUAUAGAUUUGCAACAGUACAUUUGUACAUCAUUUUCAAACAUACAGUACUCUACAACAAAGUACAUUGUAUGUAGUUACCACCCAACAUUUAAAGUAGCCUGAGAAAAGAGACAAGAUUCGCAACACGACCAAUGGUUUGCCUGUGAAUUGAUGAUGCAAAUCUAGGUAGUGCUUCUGAUUGGUUGAAGCAAAUUUCACAAGUGGCACAACACGACCAAUAUAUAUAAUAGAAGCACUACCCAGAUCUGGGUAGUGAUGUGUCAUCAGUAUGGAAUUUCUGCGCUGGUUUCUCAGAUGUCAAUUUGCAGGGAAAGCAGUGGUAGCAUCGCGAAAUGUGGUCUGUUUUCAUAAGUAUUUUUGGAUUUUUGCAUAAAAGAAUAAUGAUCAGAUCUACACUUUCUUUUUUAUUAACGUUCCUUGAGGUUUCAAUGUAGCAUUCCAAGCUACACUGAACAUUUGUAAUGUUUAGAUAACUCCAUAGUCAGUGUAACUCAAAAGUAUGCCAUAAUUAUAUUUUUGCAAAUCUCAUACCCUAGAGAUCAGCACUCUCUUGUUCAGGUGACGCAGAGCAGUUUUAGGAACGCGUGAUCAGUUCAUACAGUUUGACAAUGUAUUACUGUAGUUUGUUUCUUUUUUGUUGUUGUUGUUUUUCAACAUUUUUUUUUUUGCUUUUUUUAUUAUUUGAGAAUUAUUCACACCCUGUCCCAAUUUCCAUUUGUUUACUUAUGACAUUAUUUUUAUUUUGUGUUAUUGUUUCUUUCUGUGAACUGAACAUGGUGAAGUUAUGGGAUAUUGCUGGUAGGUUAGCUAUUAUAUCUGCUCUUUACUGUAGUUUCAAUUUAUUAUUUUAUUUCAAAUGUCAGUGACAUGUUACUAGCAAAACCAUGAGUCCUUUGGGUAGCCUCACAACAGAAGAGUUUUUGAACAUGCAGUUGAAAUUUUUUAGCCAUGCC